UUAACCGGGAGUGUUGCAGCCGGACCGGACCCUAACCCUACAAUAAUGCUUACGCCAGUCGUCUUCGGGCGGCCGCAUGCGGGCCAAGCUAUUUGUCUAUUCUUGUCUCUGGCCUUUGACUAAUGCCAAGUUGCCUCUGGGCCCUGGAGGUAGUCAAUGUGUCCGAGCAUCGACUCUGAAGGCAACGCGGACCCCCAUCUCAACUUCUCCGUAGCGCGAGAAUUGACUGGUCUACUGCACUAUAUCUUUAGGCUAGAGAACUAGCUAGGGCGGACCCUCGAAGAAUGACUGCGCUUGACCUCCAACGCUGCUGCGCGGUCUUCUCAUGAGCCCAGAUCCCCUCGGCGCUGGAAAUAUCGCACCACUUGACAUCCCCUCCACCACGCUUACGAUACCGAAUUGCGAAAACCUGACCCACUGUCUUCCCCGGAUAUAUCUUGGCUGAAUAUCUGGAUGAACUCGAAGCUUACAAGUGGCGCCGAAUCUAUGCAAGUUGCUUGGCUCGUAUGUAAAAAUAUCGUGACCAUCAGUAGUCACGUACAGCGCCAAGCCCUUUCUAUUCUUGUCCUCUUGGCAAAGCACCUAUAUAAAAGCGCGUCCUCCGAUGUAAAGUCAGUCGUAAUCCCCGCGAUGCAGCACCUCAACUACUCGGAACCUUCUUCCUCGCGUCAUGGCCUGGCUUCGCCGCCUCUGGGACAUCUGGCAUCGUCUGCCAACUCACUUCUGAGCCAGCCUGCCCCGCCAACUCUCCGAGACAUACUAGGAGCUUAUAAGCUCAAUGGAGAUGGCGACCGAGAUAUGCUCAUAGCCAUGCUGAAUGCAAAGACUGCCGAAGACCAGCGAAUCUCUGCUCUCGCUGCACUACAUCGGACAAUGCUAGACGUGUACCACCUGCCGUCACACAGCAGUCAUCGCCACGAUUAUCCCAUGUUCAGUCAUCCAUCACCUCCUCCGCCGCUCGAGGUCCGAUCCUCUCGACCAGCUUACCAACACGUGACACCAUAUCCUCGGCCCUCGUACCGUGCCUCCAGUCCGAAUUCUGACCAUCGAAGAAAACGUGCCCGAGCUUCCCGGUCUCCCCCGCCUUCAGUGGCAGACCAUCGCCAUCACCCCAUGCGGCGGCCAGAACAGGACGAAUUCCCCCCCUCGCCGUCUUCUAGCAGCGAUUCGGCAGAUUAUUCGCCACGGUCUCGUGGCUCCAUGACGAUAACGUCCCUGCUGUCCACGAGUACAAAUGCUGAUGGGAGUGCCGACGAGCGAGCUUGAUUUGUGUAUUUCUGGUAUGUCAGCCAAGCAGGGCAAGACUUUCUUGGGAUUCUUGGCGUGUAUAGUAUAGCUUGGAUGAUAAUAAACACAUGUGUGAAACGUUCUGGCCUGUCGGCUGUCGUUCUGUGCUCUAAUUAGCACUACGUCCCUCCUGCGCUAAGAUCCAAACCACCGGAGUCAAGCAUCUCAACCAGUGUUAGGCAGGUUUCUAAUUAUAGCCCGUCAAUGCCAAGCAUUUUGCCCGCUGUUUAGUUGUGUAAAUUAAAGCGCACCUAGAAUAUCUCGGAUUUCUUCCGGGCCAUGGAGCAUGUGCGGUGACAGGAAUCUUAUAUUGGUCUCCAGAACCAGCUCUUCGGUAGUAUCCAGGGUCAGUCUCAGCAACAACUAGAAAAC